AUGCCCCCAAGCACGAUCGUACUAAUGCUCCCAGAGCUCCUCGAGAUGAUCCUGUCCUACGCCGCCGAGGAAGACCUACUCUUCCAGCAACGCGUCAACAUGACGUGGCGAUGGAUCAUUAACACGUCUCCGAAGCUACAAGGAAAGCUGUUCCUCUUAUCGAAGGUCCCUGAAGGCGAUGUCGACCUGACCGGCUUAGAGUGGAAUCCCUUGCUCCACCACUUGGGUGGAAGGAAAGACGACUUGGAGGGACAUGAUAGAUGCCGGUCGACGGACGUAAAGAUCCUGGAGAUGUUCGACUACCCCGGUGCAUCUUGGCAGAGGAUGUUCAUCACUCGACCGGCGAUUGGUGGGCUGUUGAUGCGCGAUGUGGUAGCGCACCCACUCAAUAGCCAGGCACGGUCGGAAGGGAAACAGGACGCUGCUUGGCUCGAUUGA